AUGGCAAAGAGGUUGUUGGUUGUUAUGGUUGUUGCAGUUAUAACAUGUGGAAGCAAAGCUGAUCAUAAUGUUAGUUUUGACAAGAAUUAUCACGUCACAUGGGGAAACUCUCAUGUAACCUCUGUAAACCAGGGAACUGAAGUCCAUCUCCGGAUGGAUAAAGCGUCAGGGGCUGGGUUUGAAUCCAACGUGGGAUAUGCUUCAGGGUUUUUCCAGAUAAAAAUAAAGCUACCCAACAAGGAUUUUUCUGGGGUUGUUGUAGCCUUUUACUUGACAUCGGACCCAGAUGGCAAAGGAGGAAACCAUGACGAGCUGGAUUUCGAGUUCUUGGGUAGCAAUGGACCACCUUUUACAUUGCAAACGAAUGUGUUUGCCAACGAUGAAGGAGGGAGAGAGCAAAGAUUUCAUCUCUGGUUUGACCCCACUUCUGAUUUUCAUACCUAUGGAAUUGUUUGGAACCAACACCAAGUAGUGUUUUAUGUGGACAAGACACCCAUAAGGGUUUUCAAGAACAACACAAAAAUUGGAGUGAGUUAUCCAUCGCAACAAUUAGUGAUUCAAGGAAGCAUAUGGAAUGGAGAAACUUGGGCAUCAGGUGGAAGGAAAAUCGAUUGGAGCCAAGCGCCAUUUGUAGCUAGUUUUGUAGGGUUUGGUGUCACCGGCUGCCAAUUCCAGAGCAGUGAUAGCAAAGAUCAAUGCUACAUUUCCAGCCCCAAGCUGUGGUGGAAUGGGGAUAAGUAUUUGGGACUUGACCCUGCUGAGCGUAAAGCUUUACAGGAUGCUAGAACCAAAUAUUUGUAUGAUGACUACUGUUCUAAACAUGCUGACAUUCAUCAAGAAUGCCAGAUUAAUAAAAAUACAUCAUAUGGUAUAGGUGAAUAA